UGUCAAUAUUGUGAAUGGGAACUGCAGGCCGUCUAUGAGUCUGCUGGUGGCGUGGUGCGAAGAGGACACAUAUUCUUCAGAAGGGAAUAACAAUGACUGCUGUCCCUUUAACUGCAUGCAAAACAUUAAGUUUACCUGUGCUGAGACUUGAUAGCUGGAACCCCUAAUAGGCAGAGGCUAUAUAUCUGCAAGUCUGAACUCAGGGCCGUCCUCAGUUAUGCAAUAUGCAUUACAAUAGAUGACACCAGAGCAUUUUGCAAUGCAUGUGUGGUCUUGGCUUAUACAUCAAAAUGAUUUACCAGUAUGUAAAAAUAUUUGCACUUUAUUGUAUCUGUAAUACUGACAUGUGUUUCCUAUGUUUCAGAGCUGGUUACAAGGUCAUGCUGUGUCAUGUUUGUCACUACCUCUUGUUCGCGAGUUAGCGAGGCUUAAUGCUGAGCGCAAACUAACAAAGCUAAACACAACUGCAGGUGAGAUCGAGAUUAGUGACAAAGUCCUCAUGAGAAAGACUGGGUGGGUGUGAGCCAUGCCUUAAUCACAGGAACUUUGGGGGAAGCAUAAUAGAGAGUUGAAACAGCCAUAGAAGUGUUUGUUAAGACCUGGGUGUUCAUCAGUCCUCAAAAAGACAACUUGUCUCCAAAUGAAUGAAAUUCAGGAUUGAUGCUGCUCUCCCUAUGCUAGUGGGUGGGAGCCCAAGCUCAACAGCAACACAUCUGUAGAAGGAGCUACAGCUUGCUGUAAUCUUUAUUUGUGUAAGCACAACAUAAGAACGUUAUCGAUGGAAGGUCAACGUGAAGGAAAUCCCUGCUUUCUGAAGAACAUCUCAAGGUUGCAGGAGACCACUACAGUUCCAAAACACCUCCGGGACAAUGCUCUGUGGGCACAUGAGACAAAAGGCGAAGUCUUGGCUGAACUUUAUGGAGAGAGAGUGCUCUGCACGUGAACGGGAAAACUCCUCCUCAUUGUUGUGCAAGUCUCUUAAGAGUUUACCGGAAAUAAGGCUGCAGGCGCUACAGCAGCAGCAGAAGCAGUGAGCAGGUCUGGCAGUCAUCUGUCAUUUGCUCUUCCUGUGUGCCCCUCCAGUCUGUCUGACAUCUCUAAGCAAACACAGCCCAAUACACAACCAGAGCCCGGGCCUUCUGGGCAGCCAGCGAGAGCACCCCUCUUCUAAUGUUUGUGUGACAAAAAAGGCAAGGCAAAUCCUCGCAAUGGAAUCAGAUAAUCACCAACCUGUGAAGAGCCUGCCCCAAUCCACAUCCUCGCCGGCCCCCCGGCCCCUGGAUUAACUGUCUGUUUGGCUAAUAAUUUUAAUCUGCUGGAGAGGGCCAAGAAUGGGUGACAGGGCUCGGAAUAAACAUCUAAUCCUGUGCCCCCUCCUCCUCCUCCUCCUCCUCCUCCUCCCUCCAAGCCAUGUGCACUACUUCCUCCUGGACUCCCCAGUUAUUCGCUUGCACCGAAAUCUACAGACUGCCGCGUCCAGAUCUUCCACCUUUCCUGGAUAGAACUGCUUUUACGGCCACCCAGACAGAAAUAAAUCCACAGUGUGACAGACUGUUGCCAGACUGGACCUGCCUGACAUCGUCCAGUGGAAUGUACACGUCCCGAGUGUCGGGUGUGUGUAGACAAGGGUGCUACUGAGGAGAGGGCACUACAGGUUCACAGGGUCAAGAGAUGUCUGUCUGGGGGGCACAUGUGCAGCAGCAGAGACCGCACCACAGGAGGACGUGUGUCUAAUUCAGGAGAAAUUAAUUGUCCAGAUAAGGAGAGCGCUGGCAACGUCUUGAAGUCAAUCAACUAAGCAGCAGUAGUCUUCAAGAAUCAACUUGAAUUGGAAAGCAAUAGAAAAUCAUACUGUCAUAAAGCUUUCACUGAUAACGACGCCAAUACUGAUUCAAAUAUUUUAAAUUUAAAAAGUCUAUUCCAAACAACUCUUCUAAUAACUGUGUUCUCUUAGUUGUAGGCAAGGGAAGGCCCUGAAAGAGUAUUUCAACAUUCGCUCUAUGCUUUUGUGAUGACUGUGGCCUUCAAAACAAAGCUGAACAACCACUAAAACUCGUGAUAUUGCAUGAGGAGAUUGUAAAUGAAUUGUCAUAUACGCACUUUCCAGUUGAAUCUAUAUUACCUUAUUUAUCCCCGUUCUGGCAUCCAUUGCAACCCAAGCCGAAACAACAUCAAACAUAGGGGAGCUAUGGUGAAAUUACACCACCACAAUGCGGAUGGCACUCGAGUCUAAUUGUUGCUGUUUGAAGUAUGGUCACUUAGAUAUCCUGUUUAGGAUGGGGCUGUAUGGUCGCACCUUUGUUCUGAUAAUGGUCCCUGCCCCCAUCGACAAAGUGCGAACGGCUGGGAGGGCCGCAACAAUAUAAGGGGCCGGUGGGAGCGUCGGGGGGACACUGUGUAUCUGCUACUGUGCUGCCUGUCUGUCACACUGAAGUUUUUACUCAUGGAUUUCCUCCGCGCUUGUGUCCUGUGCACCGCUCUCUUCGGCCUCUCCAAGGCUUUUACGCAUCAGGAUAUGAAGGACGCGCUUCUGCAGAAGCUCGGUUUGGAUGAAGUCCCGAAGAUCCACAAGAGGGAUUUGGAGAACCUGAUCAUUCCUGCGCACAUCAAAAAUAAGUACGCGUCCAUGCUGAAGAUGCACCACAGCAGGAGACGGAGAUCGUUGCCCAGCCUGGCGGGCAUCCUGAGGGGAAUCCCUGGCAACGCCGAUAUUUCCGGGGAGUAUGUGUACUCUGACACCACUCGGCAUCGCAUGGUGUUCGACAUGGAAGCGAGGAUCCCGGAUAACAGCGAGGUGACCAUGGCGGAGCUGAAGCUCUACCAGCGGGCUUCCUACCACAAACGCUUCGCGGUGGAGAGGAAGAACCACCGGCCCGUCAACAACGCCAGGGUCAGCAUCUACUGGGUGGAGGUGCUGCCCAACGGAUCUAACCGGACAUCACUGAUAGAUUCACGGUUGAUCCCCAUUCACGAGACCGGCUGGAAGAGCUUUGAUGUCACACAGGCGGUGCACUAUUGGUCCAAGACGCAGCAGAAAACACCUAUGCACCUGGAGGUGUGGAUCGAGGGCGAGAGACCUGGCAGCUACGCGGCAGAGAUGGCCAAGAGUGUCCGCUUUACCACCCAGGAGCAGACGGACAACACCUUGGGAAAGCCCGAGCUCAUCCUCUACACACUCAACCUCGAAGAGUACGGCUCUCGCGGAGACUGCGACGCCAACCAAAACAAGGACACGUGCUGCAGAGAGCAAUACUUCAUCAACUUCCGUGCGCUCACCUGGACACAGUACUGGAUCAUCGAGCCGGCAGGUUACCAGGCCUUCAGGUGCACCGGAGGCUGCAAGCAGCCCAAGCGCAACUACGGCUACGGCGAGCGGCGGUGCACCGCGUCAGAGAGCGCCCCGCUGCCUAUCAUGUACCUCGUGAAGAAAGGGGACUACACAGAGAUCGAGGUGGCCGAGUUCCCCAACAUGAUUGUAGAGAGGUGUGCAUGCACGCUGGACAAUGUCUCCAUAGUGUGAAGUUACAGGAGACAUCUGUAGUAGUCCUAUAGUCACAGACUCCUGGGAAGCGUUAUAGGAAUAUUAUAGUAUUUCCUCCACGGGGGUGUUGAUGUAUUUAAAGGUUCUAACACACGUCUAGUACUUUCUAUUUAAAUGGACAUUUACUGGGGGUUUCACACACAACCGGCGGUCCCGCUGCCAAUGAACUGCCAUCUCCCACCACAAGCACUUUUGUAUAUUUUCUAGAUUUUUGAUAUGUUUUUUAUUCGAAUUUGAUGUAUGAGUUGUGUCGAAUCUGCUGCAGUCAUUCAAAUUCUGUCCCAUGUGUUAUAUUUUCAAGCUGUACAUAAUAUGGAUGAGUUUUAUGUUGUAUGGAAAAUAAAGUAUUUUGUUUCA